UAGGUGUGCUUAGUACUGAGAGAUCAAAAAUUUCAUGUUGACAAAAGGAUGUGGGAAAGAAAGAAGGAAAUAAGCAUUCAUUAAAUUAAAUUUCUACUAUGUUCCAGACCAAAUUCAACAUGCUUUAGAAAUGUCUCAUUUAAUAUUCAUAACAACCCCUGGAGUUUCAGCUUCAGCUAGAGCUAAAGAAGACUGAUCAUGAGGAUCCUUGCCAUAUUUCUGCUGCUCUCCAUGGCUCUAUGCUGCUUCAUGGAUACUGUUCAAGCUCAAGAUUUCCCCCGAGAGGCUACAUGUCCUCCUGAAAUUUCUGGAUGCUCAAGACACUAUAAACCUAUCUGUGGCACUGAUGGUCUUACCUAUGACAACCAAUGCAAUCUGUGUGAGGAAAAUAAGUACAGAAAAGUUCAGGUCCUCAUCCAAAAAUAUGGAAAAUGCUGAGGAAGCAAGAUAUCCGGGAACCCCCCCUCCCUUGUGUUUUUAAUAAAUGCAUGAGAUUGA